AUGGUACAUCGACGAAAAAGUCCUUCUCCAGGAAAGGAAGGAGCCUUUGCGAGAAAAUGGCUUCAUGAUGAGAAAUCAUCCUUAUUGGGAAUUCCAAAUCCGUUUUCCAAUCGUAAUACUCCGAUAUUAAAACCAUGGACCGAACUAGGUGAGUUCUGCAGGAACAGGCAACACUUUCUACACUCUCCCCCCACCAAACUACGCCAUGAAAAUUUCUUCGAGAAAGAGGCACAGGCUGAUGUUGUGGCGUCGGUCUUACGACGUCUUGAUAGAGAUAUGGCAACACUGUGCAUUCUCCAUGCCAUCGAAGGAUCUGGCGUAUGCUUGUUACUAUACUCGUACUAUGGCUUCCUACACGAAUUCCUCGAAGGAUUCGACGCUGUUUUCUCUCGUUUGAUAAGUGUGGUUUUCAAGGAGGAUAAUCAUUUCAUCGAGACGGGAUAUCGAACUAUUUCUAAUAUUCGACUUUUUUUGAUGAUAGAGCGGCAUCUAAUUCUCUUCGAGAAUGUUUUGCAAGUUGGGGAUAUCUCCACAACGAGACUACACGUAGUUAAUAUUUGGUCUCAUUUAAUUGGGGCAGCGUUGUUCGUGGCUCUACCGGUCUACCUGUACAAGGCUGAGAUACCACCUAGAUAUGCCGUGGCUACCAAGGAAGAUAUCGUGCUAUCGCUACUAGCAGUCGUUUGCUCAGUAUCUACCUUUCAACCUCAUUUUCGAGAUCCAUUUCUUCGACCUGUACGAGCCGCCACCUUUGGCAGCUUAGCUGUGGUCACAAUGGUGCCUGUCGUCCAUGGUGCGACUGUAUACGGCUGGCAAGUACAGAAUCAACGGAUGGGAAUCACCUGGGUUUUGAUCACGCUGAUGCUGAAUGUACUUGGUGCAACAGCAUAUGCCAUCAAGUUUCCCGAACGUUGGUUCAACAAAACGUUCGAUCUUGUUGGAGCUUCUCAUCAACUCUUCCACAUGAUGGUGGUACUUGCAGCUCUCGUGUACAGCAAAGCUAUUUUACAAGCAUUCGACUUUGCCCAUGCAUACGACCAUACAUGCAACCGAUGA